AUGAAUCAUUUGGACGAAAACGAAGUGAAGUAUGUAAAGAAGCAAAAGAAAACCCGAAAGUGCCACAGCGUGUGGCAAAAAAUAAUUAGAAAAAGCCUUGGAUGCACAAAAGAAGAAAUAAAAAAAAGCAUCGCAAAUAGUAAGAGGGAAAAGGAGAGAGUAAUCUCCAUUCUGUACGGAAGCGUCUUCAGAGGGAACAAAUACCUCCUCUACACAAAAAAAUGGAGAGGAAACACACUAAACGAAAUAAUAAAUCAAGACCAAAAAAAUUACUUGAACAUGAAGAAUUUAAAAACUGUAGACAGCAGCUACUUCUGCAAGUUAGCCUUUGGGUACGUCGACCAGAAUGAUAGGAAUAAUUUUAAAAAGAGGGGACAAUCAGGGCAGCAGAAAAAUUCUGACCCUAAGGGUAGUGCUAACGCUAGCGGUAACGCCGCCUAUGGGGGGGGAACUCCCCAUGACCGCGCCGGCGCAACCGCCCAGCAGAGUGGCCACCCCGGAGGAUACCACAGCAACAGACCAACCAGCCACACCACCCACAGCAGCGCCAAGAAAACGCAACCCAACCACAGCAACAUUGUCACCAGAAAAAAAACGCAACACUCGGUGAAGAACACACCCAUUACCGAAAAGGAUGAAGUGUACGAAAAAUUAAAUUAUCUAGAAAAGAGAAGUUACAGAAAUAGAGCCAAGGCAGACAGCUACAACUGCCUCAACGGUGGUACCAGCAGCAACAGCUACUACUACUAUAGCAACCACUUCGCUAGUGGAAGCGCUAAUUUUAACUCCGCCGGGAAUUAUUACAGCGUGGGCAGCAACGAUAGCAGCGCCAGGAAUGCAACCAGUCGAAGUGCAGUCAACCGAAGUGCCAUCAGCCGAGGUGCAGCCAGCAGAAGCAACCCGAACGACGGCCCUUCCUGCGAACCACAGUCGGACGAAAACACAAUGAUUAAGUAUAAGUAUCUACCCACGGGUGUAUUCUACAGUAGGGUCUCCCGGUCCUUCAUUGCCAACUGGAUUGACGAUAAAACAAAAAAGCAAAUUAAAAUGCCAUAUAAGAUAGCCGAAUUUGGAAUCGAAAAAUGUAUGAUCUUGGCCAUCCUCUCUAGGAACCUUCGAAUUAGUAACCUGAACAGCGCCUUGAAAUGCUACGACAGUUUAACCCACGAGCAGAAGGAGAAGAUGCUCCAAGCCAUUCGAACCACGCAGAAGAGCGAAAAGCUCUUUAACGAUUUGCUUAAACCAAACGGGGGAGGAAGUCCAAACGGGGGAGGAAGUCCAAACGGGGGAGGAAGUCCAAACGGGGGAGGAAGUCCAAACGGGAGGGGAAAUCCAAACGGGAGGGCAACUCCAAGCGCCCUUCACAGUAGAGCAUCCCCAAACGGCGCAGCGGACGGGCAGACCAACCAGGUUAACGCCCAAACUGACUUGCUAAGCGGCCAAACCGACCUGUUAAGAGGACAGCCAGACCAGCCAAGUGCCCCAAUGAACCAGCCAAAUGCCCAAAUGAAUCAGCCAAGUGCCCAAAUGAAUCAGCCAAGUGCCCAAAUGAACCAGCUAACUGGACAAAUGAACCAGCUCACCCCACUCAGCAGCAACUCCCCGAAUAGGCACAACGAACAGGAAGCGAAACACACGGCGGUCAAAAAAACAGGCAUCGAAAAAAAAAAAGUAAAACAGUCCUACAAUAACUCGGAGAAUUUACCCACAGGCGUGUAUUUCUAUCAAGGCUCAUAUGUAGCCAACUGGUGGGAAACACAACAGAAGAAGCAAUUCAAAGUUCCUUUUAAAAUAUCGGAGCAUGGAAUAGCAAGAGCCAAAAAUCUAGCCAUCAUUUCCAGAAUUAUCAGGUCAUCCUCUGUGCAAGAAGUCAAUUUGAUUUUGUCUCAAAUUGAGCAAACAAGGAACAUCACCAAGUUGAACUAUGCUGCCAUUGCUGCUUUAGCUUUUAAAUAUAUAACCCCCCCUCCGAAAAAGGAGUAA